AUGCUUUCCGUAAAUUGCCAGGGAACUCCAUACGAGAUAGGUGUGCAACAUGGCACGGCGGCCAAGGACCACGUCGCGCGAUGCAUAGACUUCUAUGCGUCGUUGUUCGAAAAGACCAGCAAGCUAGACUGGGCACAAGUGCAGGACAUUGCCAGCAGCUUUAGCGACCACAUCAAGUCGACAUGGCCGGCAUAUCAUGAAGAGAUGCAAGGUGUCGCCACGGGAUCGGGUCGGUCGAUUCUCGACAUCGUCGCCUUGAACGUACGCACAGAGAUUGCGUUCGGCGCGUUCAGUGAUGGUUGCACGUCGUUGGCGUGGAAUACUGAAAAACGCGCAUACCUUGGACAGAACUGGGAUUGGAUGGAACAGCAAAAAGAAAACCUAAUUAUCGUCAAAAUCGCACAAUUUGGAAAACCGUCGAUCCAGAUGAUCACCGAGGCUGGUAUAAUCGGCAAGAUUGGCUUCAACUCCGCCGGGGUCGGGGUCUGCCUGAACGCGAUCAGAGCCAAGGGUAUGAAUCCAGAGCGCUUGCCGGUUCAUUUGGGUCUGAGAAUGGCUCUGGAGAGCCAGUCGGCGAAGGAGGCCGUGCAGGCCCUGGAGCAUUGGGGCAUGGCUGCACCGGCGCAUAUACUGGUCGCCGACGCGACUGAUGCCACCGGGUUCGAAUUUACCUCGACGACCAUCGAGAAGCUCGUGCCAGACGGAAAGGGGAGGGUUGUGCAUUCCAACCAUCUGCUGCUCAAACACCCUGGAAUCACGGAUACUGUCUGGAUCAAGGACUCGCUUUUCCGCGUCGACAGGAUGGCGGAGCUGUGUGACAACUUGCCCACCGAACCGACUUGGGCCGAGGUCUCCAAGUUGUUCGAGGACGAAGCGAAUGCUCCGACCGCGAUUUGCCGUGAGCAAAAGGGAGAAAGCACUGCGGCCACCCUGUUCAACAUUCUCAUGGAUCUGAAGCAGAAGACGGGAGUUAUUCGAAUGGGUAGGCCGACGCAGGUUGAGGAGACCAUCACUUUGGGAUUUUGA